GCCGCUGGGGCGCAUCCACCGUGGCCGCUGUCAGAGUGCUUUGCCUCGCGCCGUCGCCGCAAUCCUGCGCCUAAGUGGUGCUCGGAGUAGCUCAGUACGAUCGUCUUACGCCAGCGAUAGGUCGAAAUCCAGCUAUACGCUGCUAUACGCUUCGCAGAGCUGGGUUUUGCUGUUCAAGCAAAUCCAGCCUCCAGUACGUCGGCGAGCCCUAGGUCUGCGGUGACGCUGCCACCGAUUCGCUGUCGCAGCACCCCUGGCCAGCGACCCGCCUGACUUGUGCUGCAAACGAGCUCAAUUACCACUCGUACGGCCGAAGAUAUUCUCGCGCCCUCGUCACCAUGUCGGCCUCGGUCAUCAAGGGUUAUGCGAGAGCGUCCAGUAUGGACGAGCUCGACGUUGUGGGCAGUAUCAUGACCAUCGGUCCCAGUGUCAUCAUGGGCUUGACUUGUCUCUACCUACGGCAGGCCAUCACCGCCAACCUAUGUUUCCACGCGUUCAUGUUAUUCGCCAUACUCACAAGUGGAUGGUCCUUAUCAGGGCCAAAAAACAGAAUACUACACCGGGAAGGGUCCUUCGCGGAGCUCCCAAUGCCGCAGGAAAAGCAUCGAGCUCGUAGAUACGGUUUUGCCAUGUUUUCCGUUGGUGUGUCACUGUACUUCGUCUGCCGCUUCCUGAGCGCGCCGGGCGAGUACCUUGGGGUGAACCGCUUGGAGCUGCGGCAGACGCUGGAUGAAUUCGGCGUCGACCGACUAGAUCGGAUGCUCGUCUUCUCCCUCUACUUUAGCUUCCUGAACCCGUGGCUGGAAGAGGUGUUCUGGCGGCAAGUGGUCCGGUGGCGCUUACGGCUAGCUGCUGCUUCUGUGUGUGGGAAGGACUGUCCCCAAUCCCGAGUCAAGUCGGCGUGUCGCCACGCGGAUGUUUUUUCGGCUGUAGCCUACUCGGCGUACCACUCAGUUAUUAUCAGUCAAUUGAUGCCGGCGUGGUUCAACCUGGGAGUGGCCUUCCCCUUCUUGGCCGGGCUGGCGCAUGUCCUCAACAGGGUCGCCGAUAGCCCGCGACUGGGCGUCGAUGCUUGUGUGGCUCUACAUGCCGGCUUGGACGCGUCGGCGGCGUUCUGGAUCCUGGACCUGCGGUUCGGGUUUCUGGACGGGGCGUUUCCCUGAUUAUUUGUUUGUUGCCGAGUCCGCCGCCUCUAGAAGUGCGUAAGAAGAGAGACUCAA